UUUCCUUUAUGCCUUGCUUGGGCAAUUACUAUUCAUAAGUCACAAGAUUUAAUAUUACCACAAGCUGUAAUAAAUCUUGAAAAUAAAGAAUUUAAAACUGGUCUUACAUUUAUUGCAAAAAUUAGAGCAAAAUACAUGUUUACAGCAAAGAUUAAUGGAAGAACUCAG